GAAAAGGCAUUAUGGGCAUCUGAGCCUCUGCUUCCUGUUCUCCCAAGGCACUUUUUGACCACUUCCUCUUCUUCAGGGAAAAAGCAGAAGUGUUCACUGUUUUUAUGCUCUAGUCUUGACUUUUCAACUUCACGCUCCAGCUUGAAAUCUGAGCGAAGGCAUCAUGGAGGAUUCCCCGGUGGAUGGAGGUGUCUUGUUAGUCCACGAGUUCACUGAAGGAAAGCACCAGUAUGAAGUUAAGAGUGUCAUCAAACAAAAAGGAAAAAGGAAAAAAGAAGAGGAAUAUUUCAUCCGGAGAGGAGAUAGGCUGAGGAUGGUGAACAACAGUGAAAUAGAGGAUGUGCCUCCAGAGCAGCUGGCAGAAAUAUUGGCCAAGGGCAGCCCCAUGCUGACAUUGCAUAAGACGAUUAGGAAGAAGCAGCCCGUGGAAAAGAAGCCUUCAGAUGAAGAUGUGAUGGUUCCAAUCUCUAAAGAAGAGCGUAUACUGUGCUUCAAUCGGAUGAUGAGGAGAGAGGAGGAACAAGAACAAGAAAACCUUCUACCCACAGGGAAAGGUGAAGAGGAUGAGUGUACAGAGGACGAUGAGCAGAGUGACUUCCUGGUGGUGUCGAUGAUGAAAACCACAAUCUCUGUGAUAACUGGAAGGAGCUGUGACCCCAAAGAUCACUGCUACGAGUGUUCACAAGAUGAGUGCAAAUACAACGACAUCGUCAUGAUGACUGAGUCCAGCUCCGUCACACUAGUUCCCAGAGGAGGAGGCUCUUUCCGGUGUCUUAAGUUCAACGAGGUCGAGGUGACGACUCAGACUUUUCGAUACCUCCACUGCCUGUGUGACCAGAAGCAGGUCUACAUGUCCGAUUACCCAGAGCGGGUCACCCUGUACUACUACAAGUCUGAUAAGUCUGAUAACAAGACCAGCGGGAUGCCUGUGGUGGUAAACUUCAGUGAGUCCAACUGCUUCCUCAAGUGCUGCAAAGUCAGAGAUGACGACAUCCAGCUCCGAGUCGAGACAUGUGAAAAGCAGAAAUUGAGGAGCAUUUCGAAGAAUGACCAUGAAGCUCUGGCCUUUGUUUUCUAUAUGAAGAGUGAACGCACCAGAGGGACCACGUUUGAGUCUGCUCUCCACGUCGGAUGGUUCAUCGAAACCACUGAAGUCAACACUCCGAGAAUGGCAAAAGAGGGAGAGCGAUUCAUCAUUGUCAUUGAAAAAAAAAGAGCCUAGUACCAGUUACAACCAUCAGGGGUGCCAUGGAUUUUAAAUGAGUUCAGCGCUUAAAAAAAAAAUCUCUAAAGUCUAGUCUGAAGAGAAUACGAAAUAGUCACAUCACAGUUAAAGAAGGCAAGAGGAAACUACUUUUUGGAGAAUAUUCAACAGGCAAACGGAAAUCCUCAAAAGUUUGACUGAUUGAUUGAUUAAUGUAUUUCGCUCACUGUCAGAAUGUUUUUCUAGGUAUUUUUGAGCUAUAAAACCAUCUGUAAUUGAAUAAAUGUAAAGUAGAGCUGUUUAAUGUCAUACUGUGGAACAUUCAUACCAUUCCAAUGAUUUAUCCAUAGAAACAAGCAGGUGACACGACCCAAAAUUAUAAAGCUGCACAGUUUAACAAAUAAAUAAAUAAGGAAGUGCGUGUGUGCUCACUUCCUAUUUGGAACAGGACCACCAGGGAGUUAGCUCUGUCCAUUUACAUAUACAAUCUAUGGUUUUACCUCAUUUGUGUCCCUAAUCAAUCUUAAAUGUCUGAAAAAAUAAAUGAGUUAUAUAUAUUCCUAUUAUUUCUUUAUUUGUUUUCUAUAUUUUCUAUAUAUACCAAUCUUUGUGCUGCAUCAUGUAUGUAAUUCAUUUGUUUUCUUUUAUAUUUUUAUUUGUUUCAUUCAUGAAAAAUGAAUAUAUAAUAAUGUUUUAUACAUCAAUGUAAAUGAAAAGGAGCAGAAAUAUGUAUAGACUUGUAAUAUCUGCCCUCUUUUCAUACAAAAUUAAACAUUUUAACACUUCAA